AUGGUUACACGGCGACCAAUAGAGUUGACUUUGAUACACACGCCAAAAACAAAAGAGGAAUUUGGUGAAUUUCCUCAACUUGGCCUCGGCAAAAUCUACGACUUUAAACAUAUCCAACAAACGCUUCGAGACCUAAACUUGGCUGUACCCGAGUCCGAAUGUGUAUCAAAUAAACCAAUUGAGUUACGAAUUUAUUCUCCAAAUGUUCCUGAUUUGACAUUGAUUGAUCUACCGGGAUACAUUCAAGUCAACAACAAACAUCAACCAGAGACGCUAAAAGACAAAAUUGUCGAGCUCUGCGAGCAGUAUAUUAAAGAACCCAAUAUAAUAUUGGCGGUAUGUAGUGCAGACGUGGAUUUGGCAAACUCUGAGGCAUUGAAAGCCGGACGAAAAGUCGAUCCGUUGGGUUUGCGUACUAUUGGGGUAAUUACGAAAAUGGAUCUUGUUGAACCAGAAGUUGGUGCUAAUAUUUUGCGAAAUACAGAUUAUCCUCUGCAUUUGGGUUAUAUUGGUGUUGUGUGCAAACUCAAUAACAACAAUAAUACAAGCAGUCAAAAAAACAUCACGUCUGCUUUAAUGCGUAAUGAAGAACAAUUUUUCAGAAGCAAUUAUGUUUAUAGUCAACGUGGUAUUGAAGUGGGAACUGGGACUCUUCGUAGGAAGUUAAUGGAAGUUCUGGAGGAAAGUAUGGCAAAAUCGUUGUUUUCUAUUGUGGGUGCUGUACAGUCUGAAUUAGAAGAGGCUCGAUAUCAAUUCAAAGUGCAGUAUAAUGAUAGGCGUAUUACAGCCGAAUCAUAUGUUGCCGAGACAAUUGAUAGUAUUAAACAUAAUUUCAAGGACUUUGCGCAUUCAUUUGGUAAACCGCAAGUGCGUCACGAAGUUCGCACAAUGUUAGAACAACGCGUCAUGGAUCUCUGUGCUGAACUGUACUGGACCGAUCCAAAAAUCAGCGAGCUACCCAAAAUAUCAGCAGACGAUCUGUACUGGCAAUACAAGCUUGACAUGUGCUCGGCUGCUUUGACAAAGAGCGGGAUCGGACGAACGAGUACACAACUUGUUGUCGACGUGUUAAUGGCAAAUAUGGAACGAUUAGCAGAAAUGGAUCCGUUAAGUAAUCACCCAGAUACUAGCCGUCAAGUGUUGAAUUUCAGUAACGAGAUUUUGCGAAAUAAGUUCCAUACAACAGCUGACCAGGUAGAGAAUUGUGUAAAGCCUUAUAAAUAUGAGGUCGAGUGCGCUGAACAAGAAUGGGCUGAAGGUGUUAAGAGAUCGAUUAGUCUGGUCGAAAAAGAAAUAGAGUAUUGUGAAAAAGCUUUGGCAAAUAUCAAAAAUUCUGUCGGUAAAAGAAAAUUGAAGGCUGCAAUAAAAUAUAUUUUAGACGCAGAGAAAGAGCAGAAAGAACGCAUUGCAAAGGCUCGUAUUACUGAUCAAGUAGCAGACAAUAACGAAGACUCAGUAAAAACAACAGCUCCAUCAUCACCUAUGAUUUCCUCCACCAAUGAAGAAGAUGAAAUCGCAGAACCACAUCGUCUCCACUUCAACCAACGAAUUCUCGAAAAAGCUCACGAAUCCAUAUUCCUACGCGACCGUUCAAUCAUACUAAAGUAUCGUUUAGCCGCACUCAAGUCUCGUCAGUGUAAAUCUCCUGAAAAUAAACAGUACUGUCCGGAAGCCUUUCUCAAUAUGGUCGCUGAAAAACUUACGUACACCGCAGUGAUGUUUAUUCAAGUGGAACUGUUGAACGAAUUUUUCUUUCAGUUCCCACGAGAAGUUGAUAAUCGAUUGGUAUAUGAUCUGGAUAGAAAACAGAUUUUGGCGUUUGCUAAGGAAAAUCCGCAUAUAAGGAAGCAUUUAGAAGUGCAGGAAAGGAAACGAAAGUUAGAAGAAGUUAUGGAAAAACUCAACUACUUGGUGAGACGACAACGAGAUAUUGAACAGAAAACGACAUCACAGUCACCUAGUAGAAAGGGGUUGGGAUAUUAA